AUGGAAACGUUAAUUCAUACAAUAAACAAAUUACAAGAUGUAUUUGUGGCGGUCGGCGAACAUAAAAUCGAUUUGCCGCAGAUCGUUGUCGUAGGAUCUCAGAGUUCCGGGAAGAGUUCAGUGCUCGAGAGUUUGGUGGGAAAAUCGUUUUUACCACGGGGUAGUGGUAUUGUCACACGUGCUCCAUUAAUUCUUCAAAUGAUCAGGUACAGUAAAGAGGAACGAGAUAAGAUGUUGGAAAUAACAAAAAACGAUAAAAUUAAAGAAUGGGCGUGUUUUUUACAUAAACCCGACUAUGUUUUUCAUAAUUUCGACGAUGUUCGCGUCGAAAUCGAAAACAGAACGGAUAUUCUCGCCGGCAAAAAUAAAGGAGUAACUCAUGAAUCUAUAGUAUUGAAAGUUUACACACAACUAUAUGAUCUCACUUUCGUCGACUUGCCUGGCAUUACUAAACUCCCUGUUGGUGACCAACCAGACGACAUAGACGAGCAAAUCCAAUGUUUAAUAAUGAAAUAUGUUCAACAGCCAAAUUCGAUUAUAUUAGCGAUAGUUACUGCCAACACAGAUCCGUCUACUUGCGAGAGUCUUAAAAUAGCCAGACAAAUUGACCCAGUAGGUGCCAGGACGGUUGCAGUAGUGACUAAGUUAGACCUGAUCGACAAAGGUACAAUCGAAGAUACGGCAGAAUUGCUUAACGGUCACAAAAUACCCAUUAAACUAAUGGGUAUAAUUGGUGUGGUCAACCGAAGUCAAAAGGAUAUUAACGACAAGAAAAGCAUGAAGGAAACGUUGAAAGCCGAGAAAGAAUUUUUAAAGAUCAACUACCCGGAAAUUAGCAAGAAACACGGUAAUAAAGUGUUGGCCGAGACUUUGCAGAAUAUAUUAAUGAUGCAUAUAAAAAAAACGUAUCCUGUGUUACGAAAAGAAUUGUAUGAAACCAAGGCGCGGUUAGAAAACGAAUUGAAAGUAUUACAAACGCCGGACCAAAAGGUGUCCUUUGUAUUAGGCCUGUUAAAGGACAUUUGUAGAUCGUACUGUGACACGGUUAAUGGAAAUCGUAAAGAUGUGUCGGAAAAUGCACUCGAAGGAGGUGCAAAAAUUUCUCAAAUCAUAAAUCAAGAAUACGUCGAUAAAUUGUCUAAAAUUGAUCCGUUACUCGAUCUUACUGACGAAAAUAUCGGUAACAUUCUGUUAAAUUCUUCUGGUACUAAAAAAAGUUCAUUUGUCAACGAGAAGGCAUUAGAAAAAAUGGUCGGAAGACAAUUAGAAAAUCUAAUCGAACCGGCUAUGGUUUGUGUAGACCUCGUAUGCGCGGAGAUGUUAACGAUUUUUGAUUCCAUUGAUCAAAAUUUCUUGGACACGCUUAAACGAUUUCCAAAAUUGAAUACAGAUGUAAGUAGACAUUAGAUAUCUACCUAGUACCUAUAUAAAUAGAGGCUACAAAUCAAUAAUGGAUGGUAAAAAUAAAAACCUUAAUAAUAUUGGUAAAUGAUUAAUUAAUGCAGAUGUUAUUAAAUUUUGUCAGAAUUUUACUAGAAUUAUAUAAAAAUAUGAUUUCAGUAAUUUAAAUAGUUGAACUACACUAGUACCUGCUGUAUAACAUUUACAAUAGUACGUUUCACAAAAUUAGAGACUCGAUUGUAGGACGACUGGUGGCCAAUGUUUGGAUUUUAGUGUCGUUCAAACUUUACAAUACUUUAUAUACUGAGCACUAUAUGCGGCAGUUCAAUUUACGCGUGUUUUUUUGUGCACAAAUUGAGUAAUCUUACUGAUUAUAGAUCACCAAUUGCGCUAAACUUAUAAACAGUGCAAUCUACAAAAAUAAAGAAAAACCUUGUAAUAUCAAUGAAAUUAUACUUAGUAAUGAUUCUAUCAUUAAGGAUAAGAUUAGCAUUUUGAAGCAAACCAAUUUAAUAAAUAUUUCUCUUGGGUAGGUAGGUAUUAAUAUUUCUGAGGAUAUAAAAAAAAUAGGUUUUUGAAAUUAGAUUGGAUCAGUAUUAACCUUGGUGGGUAUAUAAAAAAGGUGAAAUAAUACAUUUUCUCAUAUUACAGUUGGUAUUUUAAAAAAAUACCAACUGUAAUAUGAAUUUUAUUACUAAUAAAAUUCUCAGGAAUACACGUGAUGUUAUAUCAUUUCCUUGAUCGAUUAGGUUUAAUAAAUGUUUUUCAUUUGGAAUAUUCCCUAAUAUAUUUUUAAAAAAUCUCUAAUUAUCCCAUUAUUUAACAAUGGUUACAUAAAGUUAUGCAAAAAUUACAUAGCAAUUGCUUUGACAUUAUCAAUUAGUAAAAUCUUUAAAAGAUGUUUAAAAAAUAAAUAAAUAAAAUGUUUAGAUAUGGACAAUUUCUUUUAAUAAUACCUAAUCAGUUUGGCUUUAUAAAGGGAUUAUCUACCUAUGGAAAAUCAUGCUUUGUAUAAUGUCACAAAAUACAUUUAUGAGAAUAUUAAUAUUGGUAAUAAAGUUCUAUAUACUUAUAUAUACCAUAUUUUAUCACUUAUAUCUGUAUAAUACUUUCUUUGACUAUACCUAGUCUAUAAAAUUCACCAGAUCUUAGCGCAAUAUCAAAUUUAGGGAAAGGGCGAUAGAAGCGUUGGUCAAAAUCUACUAUAUAUACUGAGUUUGAUUUUCAUCAUAAAUGAUGCAUGCCUUAUAUGAAUUUUAAAAAUGACCUCCCCCCCCCGUUUUUUUGUCCUGGCUUCCCCCUUGUCAUAAACGAAUUCGUGUACAACUUAUAAUAUUACGUUUAAAUCGGUCAAUUUGUUUAGGCUCUGGUAGUGAGGGUUGUAUACCUAUACAGCAAAAGUUGAACUUUAAGCACCAUCCUAUUCUAUAUGAACCUACAGGACCGAUGUUAGGGGUGGACGAUCAAGGCCUACGCCUAGGGCGUCUACUGUAAAGAGGGGGGGAUACCUCAUCGAUAACAACUGAACUCGAUUAAUUGGAGGAAAGAUGCUAAAACAUGGUUCCACCCAGGGCGCCAGCCAAUGCCGAUCCUAGGACACAUUUUGGUUUUAAAUCAUUUAAUUUUAGUACGUUGCAUUGAUCAUAAUUGUUUAUUUAAUUUUGAACAAUGUUUCGUCAGCAAAAAAACAUAGUUUUGAUUAAACUGCUAUUAAAAGAAAUAAAAGAAGUAGAAAUUAUUGAUCAAAUUAUAUGGAAAAAAAGCUCAUAUGUUUCAAUACAGAAAAGAAGAUGAAUUUUUUUGUAUUUUUAACGAGAAACAUUUAAUUAUAGAAGAGAAAAAUUCCGAGAAUUUUUCAGAUUUUGUUGAGAACAAUUUAAUUAUGUUUUAAACUUAAUUGAAGAGGACAUAAAAUGAAAUCUCACAACAGUGAGAGAGCCUAUUUCACCGGUGAAGAAAUUAGGUGUAAUGUUAAGGGUGGUAUCUUACUAGUUCUGUUAAUCUUGUGUCGACUUUAGAUGAAAAUAUUAUUUUUGAUGACAUGUUGAAUUUUGAAAACACGCACGCGAUAGCCGCAUGACAGCCGCGGUGUUGGGAAUCGGUUACAUCUAAAAAUAGGUAAAUAAAUCUCAGCGCAGCCAAAAUUAGAGUCGCGCUGCGUCAAUCGCGCGUGAUUAGACGCAUCCUAAGGAAACACACCUAAAUGGAUAUACAAAUUUAGAUUUCCAAAAAGACCUUAAAGUUUAUACAAUUAUAUGAAAAUAAAGGAAGUCCGUUAGAAAAUAAAAUAAAUAAAAUAUAUAGAUACAUUUAUAUAAAUAGAAAUGGGACCCCGCAAAGUUCUGCACCGGGCCCCGAAAUCUAUCGGACUGUCACUGGAAUCAAAAUGUGUAACGCCAGCACUGUGUACCUAGAACUGAGUAUAAUAUAGGUACACAUAACUGAAAAUAGGUAAAUAAAAAUAAUAUUUAACGAUUUUUUAGGUGAGGCAAGUGCUGGCCCAAAUGUUGGAAAACACGUUGACGAACAUUAAAGAAUUUAUAAAAUCGUACAUUGAAACCUAUCAAGCGUGCUUAAACACCACGAAUCCGGAUUUCAUAUUGGAACUGGUCAAAUCGUCCGACGUGAUCCAAGACGCGUUUAUAUCGACGCACGUGACGAACAAAAAAGGCUUGACCAACGACGAAUUUAUCAGGGCCGAAGAAGAGAGAACGAAACAAUUGUUCAAGCAAAUAUUGUCGGGUCUCGACGAUCUGGAUGAAACGCUGGAAUCGUCUAAACAGGUAAAAAUGCAUCGGAAUCUGACGCAUUGUUAUUUCGAGUUCGUGCGGAAGAACGUGCGAGACUUUGUACCCAAACGUAUAAUAUACAAAAUGGUAAAUUAUGUGUUGAACAAUAUUGAUCACUAUAUGUGCGAAUACGUGUUCACGCCUUACGUGGUCAGCCGGUCCAUCGAACAAGUGCUGACCGAAGAAGCGCACGCCAUCGAAGACAGAGAUCGGGCCGAAUCGUUGCUGCACGCCGUCAAUAAAGCCCUGAAAACAAUGGUGGAUAUCCAAUGUGUCUAG